UCGGGUUUCUCAUAAAAGGAAGGGUUCAGCGUUUUACUUUUCACCUAGUACUUUACUGCUUCUUCUUUGUGUUUUUCCAGGGGUUUGAAGCAAUCGUCUCCAUCGAUGGAUAGACACAGAGAUCGCGGAGAACGGUUCAACGAUCGCCCGCCCUUAAACCCUACUCCUUGGUUUCCCAAUACUCCAAGACCUAAAAUCCCCCCCGACUACCACCACCAACACCACUAUCAUCAUUAUAACAACCGGCCUCCCCACCAGCAAUUCGAUUACCGGCCUCCCCACCCGCAAUUUGAUCACCGGCCUCCCCACCCGCAAUUUGAUCACCGGCCUCCCCACCCGCAAUUCGAUCACCGGCCUCCUCACCCGCAAUUCGAUCACCGGCCCACCCAGCAGCCAUUCGAACACCGGCCUAGCCAGCAGCCAUUCGAACACCGGCCUAGCCAGCAUCAAUUUGAGCACCCUCCGAACAAUCAACGCCAAUUUGAACGCGUCCCGGAGCAGCAUCAACAACCGAUCAGUGAACAGAACGACAGAUUCUGGUCCAACGGUGGCAACGGUCCCAAUUCCGAUCGAAAGAGAGGGUUUCACGAUUCUGGUCGAGGAGCCUCUCCAGAUCAUAAAGAUGGAAGCAAUAUACCAAAACUUUAUAUAGCAACGGUUCCAAAAAGUGCUACUGAAGAAUCUAUCCGCACCCUGUUUCAAGAACAUGGAAAUGUUGUCGAGGUCAUUCAACCAAAGGAUAAGAAAACUGGUGAACUACAUGGAUAUUGUUUUGUGAAAUAUGCAACGGUUGAGGAAGCUGAGAGAGCAAUUGCAGCCUUAAACAACCGGUAUAUGUUUCCUGGGGAAUCGACUACCAUCAAAGUCAGAUAUGCUGAUGCUGAACGAGACCGCCUUGGGCUACUUCCAGAUAAAUUAUACGUGUGUUGCCUAAAUAAACAAGCUUCUAGAAGGGAGGUUGAAGAAAUAUUUUCUCCAUAUGGCCAUGUUAUAGACCUCUACAUUGUACGUGACGAGCACGGGGAAAUGCGUGGAUGCGGAUUUGUCCAAUUUUCUCACAGAGAAAUGGCUCAGGCUGCUAUCAGAGGAUUAAAUGGAAUUUUCACUAUGAAGGGUUGUGACCAGCCAUUGAUUGUUCGAUUUGCAAAUCCAAAGAGACCUCGAAAUGGGGAACCAAGGGGCAAUUAUGCUUUAAAUAGCAUAACUUCUGGCCCCCAUCCUCAAGAAUUUGCUAUGAGACCUGUGCCCAAUCUUGGUGACACAAUGGGAGGACGUAUGCCACCAAAUGCAUCAUAUCCUAUGCAACACAUUUCUGCAAAUUCACAGCCACAGGGUGUCUCUCAUUGGAAAAACCCUCAAGUUGCAGCAUGCCAUGGUACUUACCAAUCAUAUCCUCCAGUUCAGCACGCACACUCACAACCAACUUCACUGCCAUUGCAGCAAACACAAACUCCACAGGAAAGUUCUCAAUCAUCUCACCCAGCUGUCUCUGAGCAGAAACAGUUGCCUCUUAUACCACCAUCAUCACAGGUUAUAGCCCAGCAGAAUUCAAAUGUGCCCAAGCUAGAGUUUCCACAGACUGGAAGUGGCCAGGCAACUCCUUCUAGUUCAGUUUCACCUGCAGCACCGCAAAGUCUUGACACUUUGCAAGAGUGUGAUUGGAGUGAACACACCUGCCCAGAGGGGAACAAGUACUACUAUAAUUGUGUCACUUUUGAAAGCAGAUGGAAUAAGCCAGAGGAAUUCACAGUAUUUGAGAAACUGUUGCAGAAGCAGCAAAAUCCUGACGAACAUACUCAGCCCGACUUGACUGGUCUUGCGGACCAAGUUUCUCAAAGUCCAGAGGUGCAGCUUCAGACCAGCCCGAUGCAUCAGAAACUCAAAGUUGAACAACCUUUUUCUACAAUGGGACUGGACCAUUUGGAAAUGAGGUCUGAAACAAGUGCUUUUGUGGAUCCAACGUGUGUUUAACUGCUAUCAGGUGGCAGCAUCUGCAUGGUUAUGGUUUGUGUAACCUCUCAUGCUAUGAACAAUUUGGUUGCUAUUGUGAUUUUGAUAGGAAAACUCAGAUCAGGAACACAUUAACUUGGGUUAUUUUAGUGAACGACUGUAGUUGCAGCUUUGGAAAGUAUGUAUUAGACUUAGGUGGAGGGAUGCCUGCUGUUAUUGAUUUGUGAGCGAGCGGUUUAAAUAUAUUUUGAUUAUUAGUUC